AUGGCCAAACACCAAUCACCACCCAAAACACGUCCCCUAUCUGCUUCUCAAAUUCACAUCGAACAGCUUCACUCUACUUCACUCUUUCUUUCAUUCCCAGCGGCGGCGACGGCGACAACGCCUGCCAACGGGGUCCCCGCAGACGGCAACACAAAAUCCGACGUCACCGGCACCACCACCACUACUACCGACAGCAAUGGCGGUGCCCCUUCUUCCCCCCCCCUCCUCACCCUGGAGAACGUCCAGCUCUUGCAGCCACGGGGCCGCUUCGAUCUGGUUCUCCGCAAGGGCGGCGUCACCAUCGCGGGAAAGGCGGGGGACGUGUUCGUCUCUUGGCAAAACGUGCGGCACAUCAUCAGUUUACCACGACCGGAGGGCUUUAACUGGGGGAAGGUUCUGGACCCCGAUGACCCCGCAGGCAGUGACCUGAUCGCUCUGCCCCUCAAGUCGCCGGUGCCCUUCCGCAAGAGCAAGACUUCAAUGGUUCUGCUUCAGCCAGACCCUAAGGCGAAGCACUCGGAGGUCUCCAUAUCCGUGGAUGGCGUUUCUCACCAGGUGUCUGGGUCUCAGGGCACGCUGGUGAUGUCGGCCCUCAAGCUUCUCUCGAGGGUGCAGCAAGUUGCUCCCGACCGCGGACUGUUCGCGUCGAGGGACGGAAAGAGUUUUGUCAAGUGCUACCAUGGAGUGAACGAGGGAUCCCUAUUCCCGCUGAAACAAGGCCUCCUCUUCAUGAAACCCGCGCUGUUUUUGCCUAGGGCCGACAUCCAAGAGGUGGUGUGCGGCCGUGGAGGCUCCGCGACAACGCGGUACGUGGACUUAGUGGUUGGCCUUGAGGCGGAGGACGAACACGGAGAACUUGUCGCCAAGCAGCAGCAGGAGUUCUCCAACAUCGACAGAGACGCCCUGCCCAGCCUGCAGAGCUACAUCCAGGAUGCUCUCGUGGCACCUCGGCGCCGCGAGGCCAAGAGGGAAGCAAAGGCCGCCGCAGCCGCGGAGCAGAAACAGAAGGCUGCCGCCAGCACCGUCCCAGCGGAAACAAUAUCGCCCGCUCCGGCGACCGCUGUGAACGCGGGGGGCUCCGCGGAGUGUGCCGCGAAGGUACCCCAAGAAGACGGAGAAGACGAAGAGGAGGAGGACGACGGCGAUGCGGAGUCCGACGAGGAUUUUUCUCCCGGUGGGGGGGGAGACGCCGAUAGCAAUGAUGACAGCGACAGCAACAGCGACAGCACCAGCGACGACGAGGACGACAGCGAUGCCGAUGGUGGUGGUGAUGGUGACAGCGAGAACCAUGAUGACGGGGCCGCAGCUAGGGCUGAGGCCCUGAGAGAGCUCGACGAGCUCGCUAAGGAGGCCGCCGGCGGCGGCGGCGGUGGUAGUGGCGGUGGCGGCGGCGGCAGCGGCGGCAGCGGCGGCGGUGCUGCCAGUGCCGAACGUACUGCAGACGGCGGCGACGGCAGCAGCGGGAAGAGAAAGAAGCGGCCUGUGGACGAGGGCGUGCAAAGAAGAGACGACGACGACGACGACGCAGAAGACACUGAGAGCGACGGGGAUCGAGGAGGUCGCCCGCGCAAGGUGCAGAGGUAGAGAAGGGCACAGAGCUUCGAGCAUAUUUCGCUUCUGCUGGUGUUUGUUUUUGUCUCGUUGCGAGUUGAGUACGAAAUGGUUUGACGUCCAUCCAGAGAUGUAGGAAGAGUCCAAUGUUUCUUGCAUUAUUUUCGAUCCGUAUCGGUUUUCGGAAGUCCAUCCAACGGGACCAGGGGUCGCAAUCCUCUCUUCACUGCACGAAGCGUUCAACAGAAGCCACGCGAAGGGUUUGUUCGAGUCCCAACCGGUCUUCCUAGGACUUCAGGUUCUUCUUCCUCGUUGGACGUGGCCCUGGGCAUGGGCCACUCGCUCCAGCUGAGGUCGCCGGAAGUCGAAUCAGACGACAAAUUAGUAGCAAAUGAACUUGGAGGUACCGCCCCGUCAAACCGUGAUUAUACCGCUUUGGCAUCCAUGAAGAUGACAGCUCAGUCUGGCGAUACACAUGGCCCAUCAAUAGCUUUGACCGUAGUGGUUGCGGGGCGAAAUGCCAGAGAUUUCUGCGGACACCUCUGCGCGCAUUUCGGCGUAAUCUGUCGAAUUCGCGUUGCCAACCGGUGCGCAGCAGACUGUCGGGUACGUGCUUGUAUUUUUUUCGCGUUGUAUUACAUAGUCUAGUCUAGGAAGACAAACAUCGAACGCCGGACAGCACGGAUGGGUGAGAGAAAUCGACCCGAGAGUCGCAGUGUUCGCACGUGAUCCUAGACGCUCGCGCUGAGGAAGCAUCAAGCGCACACACAACAGUGCCAUGCCGCAAAGAUUGUUGGAAAGAACGGCACAAGCGAGAUAGGUAGGUGCUGGUCGAAUGGUGU